UUUACGACUUUAUAACGUACCGAAAGACUACCGGUGAAAGCUAAAAUCGAAAAUAGAUCGUCCGGCGGAAUUCCCGCCGACAGUAAUUUCGUCGGAGGGAUUGAGAAAACAAACGACAUUAUAUGUUUGAUAAAUUUACAUUUGCAUAUAUUACUUAACAAUUAUAAGAAAAUCAAACAAUGGUAGUCGGAGGAGAAGGAUGUUGUCCGACUAUGGAUCUGCUCCGAUCGGAACCAAUGCAAUUGGUGCAAUUGAUUAUCCCGAUGGAAUCCGCUCAUCGUACAAUUUCUUACCUCGGAGAUCUCGGUCUCUUCCAAUUCAAAGACCUUAAUGUGGAAAAGAGCCCAUUCCAGAGGACAUAUGCAACCCAGAUUAAAAGAUGUGGAGAAAUGGCACGUAAACUUCGCUUUUUGAAGGAACAAAUGACAAAGGCAGGGUUUACUCCUUCAACAAGGACAACAAUGGGCUCAAAUAUUAAUCUGGAUGAAUUGGAGGUCAAACUUGGAGAACUCGAAGCUGAACUAGCAGAGAUGAAUACUAACACUGAAAAGCUUCAACGUUCUUAUAAUGAGCUUCUCGAGUAUAAGCUUGUUCUGCAGAAGGCUGGUGAGUUUUUCCAUUCAGCUCAAAACAGCGCUACUGCACAACAUAAAGAACUGGAGGAGCAUGCACAUGGCGAGAGAUCGAUUGAUAGUCCUCUAUUGUUAGAGCAGGAAGCCUUUGCAGAUCCUUCAAAGCAAGUUAAGCUGGGAUUUGUCAGUGGGCUUGUUGCUAGAGAAAAAUCUAUGGCUUUUGAAAGGUUUCUUUUUCGUGCAACCAGAGGAAAUGUAUUUUUAAAGCAAGUGGUUGUUGAAAAUCCUGUAAUAGAUCCGGUGUCAGGCACAGAGGUUGAAAAAAACGUGUUUGUAAUCUUUUACUCUGGAGAAAGGGCGAAGAACAAGAUAUUAAAAAUUUGCGAUGCAUUUGGAGCAAAUCGUUAUCCAUUCACUGAUGACAUUGGCAAACAGUAUGAGAUGAUAACAGAGGUAUCUGGAAAACUUUCAGAGCUGAAGACCACUGUAGACGUCGGACAGCUACACCGGGCAAAUCUCUUACAGACCAUUGGCUAUGAGUUUGACCAAUGGAACCUUCUG